CGCCGCCUUCGUGGGUCGAGGAGGGAGAGAGGCCGAGCCAGGCUAAUCUAACACCUGCCCGGGCUGUAACGCGGUGCAGAUUCUUCAGCCUUGAGAUUAGAAUCGGGAGGAAACGGAAGGGAACGUGACUAAGGUUGAAAUAGGUCAGCAAGGAUGGGACCGCCACCUGAUAUAAUAAGAAAGGUUAAAUAAGUUCACCCAGAAAAUCGUGAAAGAAGCAGCUUUACAGAGCUGGAAAAGACCAAUUAUCCUCUCCAGGGAUCUAAUCCUGAUGGUCUCUAAUUCGUUACAGCCAAUUUGGGAAGAGAGGUUAUUUUCUUCUGAGAAAGCCAUUCAUAAGGACUAUGCUCUCCCUAACCCCAGCUGGAGUAAAGAUCUAAGACUCCUUUUUGACCAGUUCAUGAGGAAAUGUGAAGAUGGCUCCUGGAAACGUUUGCCUUCAUACAAACAAAACUCUUCUCAAGUCUUUCGAGAGUUCCAAACCCGUUUUGUUGACCCCAGUUUAAUGAAAGAAGAACAAAUGUCAAAGGCCCAACAGUUCACCAGAAGCUUUGAGGAGGGGCUGGGCUUUGAGUAUGUGAUGUUCUAUAGUAACGCUGAGAAGAGGAUAGUCUGCUUCUUUCAAGGAGGUCUGCACCUGCAAGGUGUACCUGGAUUUCUUCAUGGAGGUGCCAUUGCAACCAUCAUUGAUGUUACUGCUGGCAUGUGCGCGAUUGCGGAGGGAAUUGUCAUGACUGCCAACCUAAACAUCAGCUAUAAAAAACCCAUCCCCCUUUGUUCUGUUGUGGUGUUAAAUAGCCAGCUUGAUAAAGUUGAAGGAAGGAAAGUUUUCGUUUCCUGUACUGUUCAAAGUAUUGACGAAAGGACUGUGCACACAGAGGCAACAGCUUUAUUUAUAAAACUGGAUCCUGACAAACGUUUGGCAUAAAAGAACUUCUGGUAAAUUCUACACUGUUCUGCAUGAGGUUCUUCCUCCUCCAGAAGCAAUACCUAUCUCCACUCCUGUCACAGCUGCUGGAACCCCGGGAAAGCCUGCUCUCACAGACCCUUCAAAAUGGCCUCUGAAAUACGGCUGCAGGAACCCACUCUACACCUUCCAGACCACAAUCUUCUCUAUCUCCCUAGGACAAAUGUGUGGUUCUGACAUGUGAACAGACUAAAGCUAACAAACAGCCCUUGAUGUCCUACAGACUGCAGGAAAAAAAAAUGUGUACUGAAACUGUUACUGCAAACAUGGAAAUGCAAGAAAAUCUAGGCAGGGAUAAAUGCGUGUGGCAGUGUGUGUGCCGUGCAUACAUGUGUAAGUACAUACUGUGUGUUUCAAGCUGCACUGUGUCUGCACAGACAUCUCUCUGGCCAUGUUAGGGUAUACAGCUUGAUCCUGUGACAAUGGAUCUACACAUUAUUAACUGCUGUUCAUUUUUUCAACAGCCUGUGCUGUUGUCUUUAAAACAGUAGUUUGUCAUUGUCGGAAGUAGGCUCUGUUAGCUCUCUGGGGCUAUAAAAAAAAUUAAUAACUACAAACUAGAUGGUUUAGACCAACAAAAAUUUCACUAUAUCACAGUCCCAGAGGCCAGAAAUCAAAAAGUAUUAACAAAACCUCUUCUUCUUAAGGUUCUGGGAAGAAACUUUCACAUUUCUCUCCUGGCUUCUACCAAGGAAGCCUCCAGCUUUUCUUGGUUUUGAGACACAGCAUGAUUUCCCAUUGUAUUUCUAUAUCAUCUCUCUCUGUUAUCCGUGGAUCCAAAUUUCACUUUGUAAAUAUUUAUUUAUUUGUGUGUGUGUGCUCAAGAGCUAAAAUAAAUGGGGAGAUUAAUAUUCUAGAAAGCA